ACAUUUUAUUGCUGCUGUGUACUAGCGUCGGAGCUACUAUAGCGCCUCUUUUAGUAGUCUUGGUUACCCGAAUCAUCAACAACGAACUUCCGCCUACUUUCUUGCAUCUUCAAGAAAGCAAUUUUUGCCUCUCAUAAAACAAAUAUCUUUUCCGAAACAACCAGCAGCCAGGGUACUCUACCACUCAGCUGGAAGGAAGAUUAUACUACCCUCUUUCUGCGGCGAAGAUGAACGUUUUGCUUCCAACUCAAGCGUCGUUCUUUUCAUCACCUCACCGUAACCCCAUUCAUACUCCAGGUAAAGAAGCUCUACUCCCCUUAUAUCCUUCCCACUGUCAAUAUACUGAUAACUAAUUACAAAUUACAGUCUCUCCGCACACAAAUCACAGAAUGGUCGGUCGAAAACGAAAAGCCGAUGAUGAUGGACUAGAUGACAAUAUGUCUAUUUCUCCUACCAAUAGCCCCUCCCUAGCCACACGACAGAUAUCCCGACCCCCCAAGAAAAUUAGAGCAAACGAAAUCAGCGGUCGCCCUCUUAGCCUCCCUCGUCUCCUCGAAACCCUUGAUGCUCAGUCACUGAGAUCGGUUCUCCAAACUAUCUGCGAAAGACACCCGGAGAUCGGUUCGGAAAUUGUCACCUCAGCACCAAGACCGUCUGUGGCAUCCACUCUUGGCGUCCUUUCCAAAUACCAAAACGAACUACAAGAAGCUUUCCCUUAUGGAGGAAGUCCCGGAUCAGAUUAUGCCUACGAUCGAGUCAAGCAACAGCUCACAAACCUUAUUGAUGCUUUAGUCGAUUUUACACCGCACUACCUCCCACCGAACGAACAACAAACCGCUAUAUCGCUUAGCUUCCUCGAUAGUGCAACUAAAAUUGUUCACAACCUUCCGAACUGGGAUAGUCAGUCUCAUAGACACCAUAAGGACAAUGCAUAUGACGAGAUCUCAAGGGCUUGGGCUUUGGUGAUCAGCGAAGCUUCCAAACGUGGGGGAGGAUUCCAGCUUCAUUCUGGUGGAUGGGAUCAAACGCUUGCUAGGCAUAAUGAACAGAGUGGAGGAAAGAUGCAAAUGGCAGUCAAUGCACUGGGAUCAAAUCUUGGUUGGAUGGGAGGUAAUUCUGGUGUGGGCUCCGGAGAUCCAGAUUCUAUACGCAAUCAGCUGCUCUCUGGUCGCUAUGGUACUAACCAAAGUGUGCCAGUAGGAGCUCCUUGGUAAAUUCAAGGCGCAUUCUUUGGUUCGGAUCAUUUCAUUCUAGGAGCGUUCGUACAUACGUGGGGAGAGGAGGUCAUGAAGAUGAUCGAUGAAUCUUAGGGGAGCAUUAGAGGGCAUUUUACCGCAUAGGCGUCCUGUGUCAAUCAUGGUACUCGACAAACGGCAAGGUCACGAACAUUAUGAAGAUUCCCCAUUUCCUUUUAAUAUCAAUCUGGAAGCAUGCAUGGUCGAGGAGUUAAGGUGUUUGAGGGAUGUCUUUCAUUUGUACAUUCGGAGGAUACUUUGGAGGUGGCAAUAAUUCAACUGGCGUACUUCAUUUAUCAAAUUCACUUUAGUAACAUAGGGA